UGAAUUCCAGCUUUAAAGGCUUCCUUGAGAACACCGUGGCACAAUGGGCCUCCAGAACACCAAACACUCCAAAGUCAAGCAAGCUAAUAUACUGAUGUUAGGACUUGAUUCUGCGGGAAAAUCUACCCUGUUGUACAAGUUCAAGUAUAACGAUGUUUUUCUAACAAUUCCAACAAUUGGCUUUAAUGUUGAUAUGAUUGAAACUGGGAAAGAUUUUACAUUGACAUUUUGGGAUGUUGGAGGACAACAGAAAAUGAGACAGGUUUGGUGCAAUUUCCUGGAAAACACGGACGGACUGCUGUAUGUUGUGGACAGCUCUGAUAAGCGACGUCUGGAAGAAUCAAAGAAAGAAUUUGAACUCAUUUUGAAGAAUGAAUCUAUAAAAAGCGUACCAGUCGUCCUGCUAGCGAACAAGCAGGAUUUGCCUGGAGCUUUGAACGCUGAGGAAAUAACCAGGAGAUUCAACAUGAAGAAGUACUGCAGUGACAGAAAUUGGUAUGUACAACCUUGUUGUGCUAUCACAGGAGAAGGUUUGUCAGAAGCUCUCCAAAGACUAAGCACAUUUGCAAAACAGUACAGCAGAUCAAAGGAGACUUCUACAGUCUUUAAGGAAAUUGAAACACUUUAA